CGGUAGAAGCUAAAAACGACGGGAGGGGCGGCUGGUUCGGGGGCUUUUUUUUUUUAGCUGCGCACAAUCUGUCAUUUCUCCGACGUCGUCGCUAACAACCAUUAUUUGAUGAAUUCGGUAUGGAGAAGGUAGCUGAGCCGUCUUGGACUUCUUCGUACACCUACCAGGUGAGCAAGCACAGUGCGGAGAUGCUACACAACCUCAACGUUCAGAGGAAAGAUGGAGGCAGGUUCUGCGACGUGAUCCUGCGCGUCGGCGAGGAGAGCUUCCCCGCUCACAAAGCGGUGCUAGCCGCAUGCAGCGAGUACUUCGAGUCGGUGUUCAGCCGCCCGACGGAGGGCGACGCCAAGGAGCUGGAGAUGCACACCAUCAGCCCCAAAGUUUUCAAAGACAUCUUGGACUUCGCCUACACCUCCAGGAUCGUGGUUCGACUGGAGUGCUUUCCUGAGUUGAUGACAGCUGCCAAGUUUCUGCUGAUGCGGUCGGUCAUUGAGAUUUGUCAGGAGGUUAUCAAGCAGUCAAAUGUACAAAUCCUGGUCCCGACCGCCCGAGGAGGGGACGCCAGCCUCUUCCAGGCCGCAGCGGCCACGGAGCUGGGCUUCCCCGUGGCUCAGCAGGAUCUAUUAAACGGAACGGGUUUACUAUUGAACGGCCAAAGCUUUGCUAACAGCACGCAGAUGCAUAUGGACGGCGGGGAGGACGCAGCCGCCGUGUUGUUGGAGGACGGCGACGAGUCUUCGGUGCCAAUACUGGAGCCGGUGGAAGGACUUUCUGUCUCCCCACCAACAGAGAGCACUGGGAGCACUUUUCAUCAUCAUGACGCCGGAUCCCCUGGAUCGAAAAGGGGAAGGGGGAGACCAAAGAAAGCUGGGGGCAUCGUGGACGCUGUCCACUUCAAUCACGGCACCCAGAAAGACAAUGGGCUGUUUCCUUGCGGGUCCUGCGGUAAAGCCUUCACGGAGGCUUCGCGCCUGAAGAAUCACGAAGCGCAGCACGGAGCCAGCACCGUGGGCGUGAACAGCCUCGGUGUCAGCCUGUCCACGGGCGGCUUGUCUUUACUGACACAGUCCGGUCUCCUGGACAACGGCAUACAGCUGCCCGGAGGGCUGACGCUCGUCGACAACAGCCGCAAACGAGAGCGGACCAGGCGGCACGUGGGUUGUGACAUUUGCGGGAAGGUUUUUCGUGACGUGUACCACCUGAACCGGCACAAGCUCUCCCACUCCGGGGAGAAGCCGUACGCGUGCCCCGUGUGCGGGCUGCGGUUCAAACGGAAGGACAGGAUGUCGUACCAUGUGCGGUCCCACGAUGGGUCAGUGGGCAAACCCUACGUGUGCCAAAGCUGUGGUAAAGGCUUUUCAAGACCAGACCACCUAAAUGGACACAUUAAACAAGUUCACACAACAGAAAGACCCCACAAGUGCCAGAUUUGUAAUGCCUCCUUCGCUACAAGAGACCGCCUCCGGUCGCAUCUCGCAUGUCAUGAGGACAAAAUUCCCUGCAAAGUUUGUGGCAAGUUCCUGCGGGCCGCCUACAUGACAGACCACCUAAAGAAACACAGCGAAGGAACGCACAACUACUGUGGCAUUUGCAAUAAAGGUUUCUCCACCGCAUCCUACCUUAAGGUGCAUAUAAAGACACAUCAUGGCUCAGCGGUACCCCCCUCUGCCACAAUGCACACCUUCCCUGAACGAAGGGGGGAACUGCAGAUGCACAACGGCGCCCCUUACCAUAUGGGACGCCAGUGCUCAGUGGAAGAUGGGCAAGAAAAUGCUGGGACUUGUCCUCAUCUGGAGUCCGAGGAAUCAGAUACUUCUUUAAGGGAAUUGUCCAACGUUGAUGAGCUUAAGUCUCCGCGCAAAACUGACGCACCGGAGCUCGAGAUGCCCUCUUUGGACUGCAAUGGAGCUUCUGCUGGGGUCCUUGGGUCUCCAGAGAGCUCUAAAGCCAAAACAGACCCAGAGAAGAAGUUUAUCUGUGGGAUCUGUGGUCAGGCCUUUCGCACCAAGUCCUACCUCAACAAACACCAGCACAGAGUUCACAAAGUCCAGAGGGCCCAUGGAACGUCGGGGUCCAGUUUAAAUGAGAUGGUGCCCUCCUUGACUUCUCCCUUUUCCCCACAACAGAACAUGUCUCUCCUCGAGUCAUUUGGCUUUCAGAUAGUCCAGUCUGCUUUCGCCUCUUCACUUGUGGACCCUGAGGCAGGUCAAAGUGGACUCGACUUCGGAGGGAAGUGACAUUUUGUUUUUUCAGGCCUCAGUUAAGUUUAGCCUCUAACUCUUAGGACAAAGCCAGGUUACCCACAGAAGAUGCUCUGUGU